GUUUUUAUUAUCUGUCACAUCGUGAGUGUCACAACUUUUUAAUGGAUUGGAAACUUGUAAAAGUUGUUUUGGAAAAGUUUUUCUAAAUAUUUGAACCCAAACGAACUUCUGCUGGUUUAAAACAUGCACAAGCUUAAACUAAACCAGAAGGACAAAGUGAAAAAGUUUAUAUCUCUUACACAAACAGGAGAACAGACAGCAAUCUAUUGCUUGCAGAACAAUGAUUGGAAGCUCGAUCUGUCCUGUGACAAUUAUUUUCAAAACCCAGACAUCUAUUACCGGGAGCUGGAUCGAAAGAAAGUCGAGCAACUCUUCAAUCGCUACCGUGACCCCGCCGAUCCCAACAAGAUCAACUCGGACGGGGUUGUCAAAUUCCUAGACGAUCUGUAUCUCAGCCCGGAGUCCAAACUGGUGUUAAUUAUUGCCUGGCGAUUCAAAGCAGAAACCCAGUGCGAGUUUAGCAAGGAUGAAUUCGUGAAUGGAUUCAGUGACUUAGGUGUAGAUAGCAUAGAUAAGCUUAAGGCCAAGUUGCCCCUGCUGGAGGUGGAACUGAAGGAUGCAAUGAAGUUCAAGGAUUUUUAUCAGUUCACCUUCAACUAUGCUAAAGAUCCGGGUCAAAAGGGGUUGGACCUGGAGAUGGCCAUCGCUUACUGGAACAUAGUACUUAAGGAUAGGUUCAAGUUUCUGGACCUGUGGUGUAAAUUUCUGGUGGAAAAUCACAAACGGUCAAUUCCAAAGGACACCUGGAACUUGCUACUGGAUUUUGCUACCUUCAUCGAUGACAGUAUGUCCAAUUAUGAUGCGGAAGGUGCCUGGCCGGUACUGAUUGAUGACUUUGUCGAAUGGUGCCAACAGCAGAACAAAGUUAGCCAUCCUUCGGUGAUCACGUCUACUAGCACAGUUGCCAGUGUCUACUUACCGUCCACGUCUUCAUCAGCCGUUUCUUCGCCAUCAUCGACGGUGAGCAAUCCCUAUAGCUCCAGCAAAGGAAAUCCGUACAGUAGCAGUAGCAGCAGUACAGCCAACAUGUACUACUAAAUGGUCACUGCUGUUAUUAUGGUUGUUCCUCCUUUACUUUUUUGAUAAAGGCUACCCUCGUAUGUAUUUUAAUGAAUACAACUUGUUUUUUCCGUUAAUUCCUCGUACAAUUCUUCGCAGUAACUGUUAUUGCUGACUAAUAGUCUUUCGAUUUUGGUUUGGCGACUCUCACCUCAAAAACCAGUCACAUACUGUUUUUUUUGUUUUUUCACGGAAUGCCUAUUGAGUUCUAAGCCCCUGAAUUCAGAACUAUUUUGCACCUUGUAUGCAAUGGCAUCCUGUUGAUUCGAUUCACACACAUACACGUAAACAUCUGUCUGUUCGUAGUACAUAGUCAGGCCAUAAUAGAACUGAAGAGAUCUUGGUGGGUGUAGAAACAGUGUUUUAUGAUAAUUUGCAAUAGAUAUCUUGCAACAAACUCAGUUUGAAUAUUAGUAGUAGUGCUAAAAUCUUUUUGUUAAAUACAAUAUCUUUGGAAGGAAACGAAACAAAUAAGAUCUAUUUGGAUUCGUUGAAUGUUGAAUAAAUCUACACUAUUAUAAAUAAUU